AUGUCUACGUUCGUCAUACUGGGUAUGUCGAUCCUCCCCGAGAUGCAGCCCCUCCUCUUCACCGUCUUCCGGUGCGUCUACCUGGUCCCCGUGCUGGGCAACGGUCUCUUCGUGGCCACGAUCGCUCUCAGCACGGCCCAGCACACGCCCAAGUACCUCUUGCUGCAGACCCUGGCCCUGGUGAACAUCGUGUGCACCUCCUCCAUCGUCCCCAAGCUGCUGGAGACCACGCUGGGUCCCCGGAAGACCAUCAUGUACGGCGGCUGCAUGGCCCAGCUCUCCUUCUUCAUCUGUUCCCUGGGGACCAAGAUGGUCCUCUUUACCCGCCAUGGCCUACGACGGCUGUCACCAAUGCCUGUCUCCGUUCGGGCCAACGAGGCGAUGAUCUUCGUGGCCGACAUCUCCCUGGCCAUGGGGGACUUCCUGCCGACCUUCUUCUUCAACAGUUUCAUCAUAGCCGCCAUCCUCCGCAUCCGUAUGUCCGGGGGCAAGAGGAAGACCUCCACCUGCUCCUCCCACCUCUUCUUGGUCUCCCUCUACUUCUCCCCCGUCAUCUACACCUACAUCCGGCCCGCGUCCUCCUACACCUUCGACAGGGACAAGGUGGUGGCGGUCACGCCAACACUAAACCCCAUCGUCUAUAGCCUCCACAACAGAGAGAUUCAGGCGGGCACCUGA